CCGGGGUGUGUUUUGUGGGGGUCUGUUAGCCUGUGACGUUCCCACUUCACCCGUCUUCAGUGUUGGUUUGGGGAUCUUCCAGUGUCACUGCUCCACCAGAUGUGCCAAACCGAAUUUCUGAGCCGUGUUAUCAAGAUGGAUGCUGACAAUGAAGCCAAAGGUAAGGUGAGCGACCAGGCGAUGCAGAACCCACAAGUGUUGGCAGCUCUUCAGGACAAAAUAGACAGUGUCUCACAUAGUGCUUCCAUCAUGGACAGUUUACCAAAGUCCGUGAAAAGAAGAGUCAAUGCCUUAAAGAAUCUUCAGGUUAACAGCACGCACAUCGAAGCCAAGUUUUACAAGGAGGUGCAUGAGCUGGAGAGAAAGUAUAGCGCUCUUUAUCAGCCGUUAUUUGACAAAGGAAGAAACAUAGUCUCUGGGGAAGUGGAACCCACUGAUGAGGAGUGUGAAUGGCAGAAUGACCAUGAGGAUGAAGCAGCAUUAGCAGAAGAUCUAAAGAAGAAAGCAGCUCUAGAGGAAAAGACAGAAGAUGCAAAUGAGGAGAAACCCAAAGGAGUUCCAGAGUUUUGGCUGACCAUAUUCCGGAGUGUGGACAUGUUGAGUGAUAUGCUGCAGGAGCAUGAUGAACCAAUACUUAAACAUCUUCAGGAUAUUAGAGUGAUAUUUUCUGGUCCUGAUCAGCCCAUGAGCUUCACAUUAGAGUUCCAUUUUGAACCCAAUGAAUACUUCACCAACACAGUCCUCGCAAAAGUAUACAAGAUGAAGUCGGAGCCAGAUGCAGAGGAUCCGUUUUCAUUUGAGGGACCAGAAAUCAUUGACUGUGAUGGGUGUCAAAUUGAUUGGCACAAAGGCAAAGAUGUGACGGUAAAAACGAUCAAGAAAAAACAGAAGCACAAAGGCAGAGGGACAGCGAGGGUCAUCACCAAACAAGUGCCCAAUGACUCCUUUUUCAACUUUUUCAACCCUAUUAAAGUUUCACCAGAUAGAGAGCUGGAUGAGGAUUCGGAGUACACUUUAGCCACAGAUUUUGAAAUCGGCCAUUUCUUCAGGGAAAGGAUCGUUCCGAGGGCAGUUUUGUAUUUCACAGGAGAAGCUCUGGAGGAUGAUGAAAGUUUUGAAGAGGAGGAGCUGGAUGAGGGUGAAGAGGAGGACCAAGAUGAGGAAGAAGAGGAUGAUGAAGAGGAGGGAGAUUCCAAGACUGGGAAUCCUCAGCCUGCCGAGUGCAAACAACAGUAAUUUGGAUCAGUCACUCCUGCCACUGUCAAACCCCAUCAGCUCACCUAGAAUCAGCUCUGUAGUGCGCGUACAUUCCCUGAUGAGCACACCAUCAAAAACAAAACAUGAUGCAGUACAUUGGUAAACUAUUUUUUUAUCCUACAAAAUUAACUUACUUUAAAAUUCAGUUGCUAUAUUAAAACACUAUAGAUAAAUUGGGCAAUUCCAGAUUACAGUUGGGCCUCAGAAUGUAGAAAUAUACAUAAAUAAAUGUUAAACUAUUUUUUAAUUCAUUAUUUAGACAUGUGCAGACAUAAUGACUUCCGAUAUCUCACUGCAUAGCCAAAAAAAACCAUUAACUUGCAGGUUCGAAACAAUCUUGCAAGCAUUGUGUUCACAUUCAAACAGGUGAAAUUUUAAGACUGAAUAAAAUAAAUGGGAUCGUAUUCUAACUUCCUGUGCACAUCUAACCUUUGUGAAGGUUGCUUGUAUUUAACAAAUAGUUUAUUUUCUCACUUUUGAAAUGUUCUGUGUCAUCGGCAUUACUUUUUUUUUUUUUUUUUUUUUUUUUAUAUACAGCAUAUCUAUUUAUGUACUUUUUGAACAAAGCUGCAUGUUUAUGCACUUAUUUAUGGAAAUGCUAGCCAGUCCAACUAAUGUUUCAGUAAUAUGUUGUAGGCAUCAAGUAAUUGUUUAAUCAUAUCUGGCAUUUUGCAAUAUGGUCAUCUAACAUUUCCAUUUUCAUUUCACUUUCUCUUGAAGAUCAUAAUAAAUAAGUACAUCUCUGCACUCCA